CCACAAAAAGAAAACAGGGCAACACAGAAAAAAAACGUCAAUGGCGACACGGCACAGAUCGAUAGAUCAUGUUCACCGAAAAGGGAAUCUUUCCCAUAGGCGAUGGCCUUUUGGAUGUAGAUGCCGAACGCUUUAACGGAUUGCUCGUGUCGCAUGACAUCAACGAGAUCUACGAGGUGGAACAGACGCCGUUUGCCAGGGGCAAAUUCGCCGCCGUUCGCCGUGCCAUUCACAAGAACACGGGCUCCCAUUUCGCGGCAAAGUUCUUGAAGCGACGCCGACGCGCACAGAGCAGCGACAAGGAGAUCAAACACGAGAUCGCCGUCCUAAUACUCUGCGAGGGCGAGGAGAACAUUGUCAAUCUGAAUGCGGUGCACGAGACCCGUUCGGACACAGCCCUGCUGCUGGAACUGGCCACUGGUGGCGAGCUGCAGACCAUACUGGACAACGAGGAGUGCCUGACAGAGGCCCAGGCCCGCCACUGCAUGCGAGAGGUGCUGAAGGCUCUCAAGUUUCUCCACGACCGAUCCAUUGCCCACCUGGACCUCAAGCCACAGAACAUUUUGCUCGCCGGCGAGCGUAUAGAAGAUGGCCUCAAGCUCUGUGACUUUGGGAUCUCGCGCGUUGUGUGCGAGGGCAUCAAUGUCCGCGAGAUGGCCGGCACACCCGACUACGUGGCCCCCGAGGUGCUCCAGUACGAGCCACUCUCCCUGCUGACGGACAUCUGGUCCGUGGGCGUUCUCACCUAUGUCUUGCUCUCCGGCUUCUCGCCUUUUGGCGGGAACACCAAGCAGGAGACCUUCCUCAAUAUCUCGCAGUGUGCGCUCACCUUUCCGGACAACCUAUUCGGUGGCGUCUCGCCAGUGGCCAUCGAUUUCAUACGCCGCGCAUUGCGAAUUAAGCCAAACGAUCGCAUGAGUGCCGCUGGAUGCCUGGAACAUGUCUGGCUGAAGGAUGAGAGCUCGAUGGAUAGACAAAUGUAUCUGCAGGCUCAGAGCGAUGCUGAAGAGGAAGAGGAGGAGGAAGAAGACGACCUUGAGGAUGAGGAAGUGGAGGAGCCAGUGGCCGAGGAGAAGGCAGAGGAGCAGGAACAGCAACAGCAGUCACAGGAACAACAAAAGCAACAGAAGCCAAGCAGUGGCAGCAACAAACCCACGCACAAUGGCCACCAUCGGGCCCACAGCAAUGGGAGCAGUAGCAGCAUCUCAAAAAUACCCAUUGCCACCGGGAAGCUCCUGGGAAGCCCCAUAAGCAGCACCAGCACCAGCACCAGCACCAGCACAGAGACAACGACAGCCAUACACACGCUGACCAGCAAUGGACACGGACAGAGCAACACGGUCUGCCUGUCCGCCAAGCCCACUCAGAUCGUGACACCCACACGUCGAGCCUCCGACUCGGACAAGGAGAACACAUACACGGCGACAUUUGUGAAGAAGCCCCCGGUGCUGCUGCUGUCGGCGCCCUGGAUGUGCUGGUGUUGUUUUUGCUGGUGGCUGCUGCUCUGGCAAUGGCUGCAGACUUGUCCAGAAUGGGCAUAA